AGCCCGGCAGCGAACGUGUCCCAAGGAUGGAGGAUGGCGGGAGAGCCCACGCUGCCAUUGUGGGCUGGGCCUGCACCACCCUGUGCUUGGUCUCCUACGCGGCCGCCUUCUCGCAGGGCGCGAGCCUUUCCGCCUGCACCGACAUGAUGCCCAGGCACCUGAGGGUGCAGCUGCACAGCUCCAACAGCAACUACGUCACUCUCCACACCAACGUGUCCUUCUACUUCCCAGGAGACAAGGUGCCAGUGACAGUAAGAAGCACCCGGGAUUACAUGGGCUUUAUGCUGCAAGCUCGCAAAGUGUCCAACAACGAAAUCGCUGGCACGUUUGUCUUCCUGCCUCCUGGUUCCAAGCUGCUGACUUGUUUUGAAGAUGGUGACACUGUCACACACUCAGACAAGUCACUGAAGAGAAACCUGUCCUUCGUAUGGAAAGCACCAGACCAACCCAUUGGAGACAUCAAGUUUUUCAUCUCCAUAGUCCAGUCAUACUUUGUUUACUGGGCAAAGAUUGAAUCUGCUGUUGUGGCUCAGGGAGGGCAAAACAAGUCUCUUGCUGACAAGAAGCCCAACACCGCAGUCCCGGCGCCCCCGCAGGGACCAGCUGACCCUCACCCCACAGCUGCCACUGGCUCCCUGCUGCCUACCAGCCCCGCUGGCAUCGUGGCAACACCAGCACCAGAGCCAGAUUUUGGUGUGGGGUCGGACACUCGUCCCGUUGCUGAGCCAAAGCAGUCGGCCCGGACGUCGCGGGCUGUGUCCGGCAGGAGCAUCCGGUCCAGAGGCUGGGGGCUGGAGCCGUCCCUUCCCACCCAAGAUGUUGGAAUGGUGGAUGCCCUGCAAGGUUCCCUCUCCCAGGACAAUGCCUCCAGCUACAGCACCUUCAAUGGACGGGAAUACAAGUUGCUGGAAAGGCAAACGGCAGAAAGAGAGUUGGCGCCGCAGCCAGAGGAGGCAGGCACCAGGGGCGAGGAGGACAAGGAUGAACAGGAGGCAGCUGGGAAUACCCUGCCAUGGGUGACCAGAGCAGCUCCCGAAUCCGCUGCUCCCGAGAAAGGGGAAGGCCCUGGCAGAGGAACCCGACUCCUCGCAGCCCAACUUGGCAUCCUCCUGGUCUGCACGGCCGCGCUGGGCCUGGCGCUGGCGGCUGCCAUGCGCUGUGUCUGCGCCCAGCACUGCCACAAGCGGGCCGAGGUGUCCUUCAGCGAGCCCGAGCCCGAUGUCAUCACCAUCACGGAAAACGGGGAGGUGAUGCACUUCCGAAAGAUCCGGGAGAACAGCUUCGUGCUGGUGCAAGCCCAGUACAACUGGGUCAGCCCCUCGGGCGGCGGGAAGAAGGCGGUGGUAGCUUAGACCCUCUAUGUGCUGCCAUUCAGGCAAACAAACCCAAAGCAGCCCGUUCAGACAGAGGUGUUAGGCAAAAGUAUCUAAACUACAGCUGCUGAGAAGACAGAAGCUGAUAGAUU